UGUAAACAACCCUUGGUAUAAAUGUCAGUAUUGUAUGGUUUUUUAUUGUUUUUGUUAUCGAAUACUAUUGAAUUAUAUUUUAAUCAAAGGACAUGAGAGCUGUAAAACGACCAAUGAGCCAAAUGCGGAAAUUCGAAGCGAAGGAGGCUCUAUUCAGGCAAAGGAAGAGGAUCCUUAAAUACCUGGUGCAUGGCUUCCUGAAGCAGGAGGGUUACUUAGCGAGCGCGGAGGCCUUCCGUUCAGAGGCUACUCUCACCAAUGAUUACGAGCUAUGCGAUAAUAUGGACCUCGAGAUUAUACUUCAGGACUUUUGCAGCUACUAUAUGAUGAGAUUCAACAAGCAGCCGCAGUUUUGCCGCCAGGUGGUGGAGCCCCGCGCUUUGCCAGCUCGACCCACACGAGCCCCACGACCCUUACCACCAGAAACGGAGGUCAACGAGGAACCUGAUCUGCCGGCUACCUUCACCGUUACUAAGUUAUUUAAGGAUAUACCACCAGAAGAUCUAAGUUCAAUUCCUGCGAUAGAAAGAAAGCCUUUAGCAGGCUUCGUGGCCAAUAUGUCGCAAGAUAAGAAACAGCUCGUAGAUAUCUUGUACCAGGAUAUCAUACGACCGUCGGGGGUGAGCUGGGACGAUGUUAAAGGCUUGGAAGACGCUAAGAGAAUACUCAUAGAAUCUGUAGUCUACCCUGUUAGGCAUCCGACGGUAUUCACUGGUCUGCUGGAGCCGUGGCGUGGUGUGUUACUCCACGGUCCGCCCGGCGCCGGCAAGACGCUGUUAGCGCGCGCCCUCGCCGCGGAGAGCCGCUGCACAUUUUUCAACGUCGCCUGCAGCACGCUUGUCAACAAAUGGAGGGGAGAAUCGGAGAAGAUAGUCCAGAUGUUGUUCGAGAUGGCGUUCUACUAUUCCCCGUCAAUAAUCUUCAUGGACGAGGUGGAGACGCUGGUGUCGGAGCGUUCCAGCGCUGGCGAGCACGAGGCCAGCCGCCGGCUUAAGUCGCAGCUGCUUACUGAACUGGACGGCGUCAGAGAUAGAGACGGACUGGUCUUCCUGCUCGCCAACUCUAAUAUGCCUUGGGAAAUCGAUACAGCGAUGUUGCGACGCCUAGAGAAGAGGAUCUACAUACCGUUACCGGACGUACAGGCGCGCGCUGCACUCUUCGAGAUGUACCUAAAUGUGCGGACUGUGGAGGUCUACCCGAAGGUCAACUUCCAGGAGUUGGCUGCCAAGACUGAGGGGUACUCGGGGAGCGAGAUAAAGCUGGUCUGCAAGGAGGCUCUUAUGACUAACGUUAGGAAGAUGUUGCCCAAUAUGGUGGCGAGAAGUCAGUCCGGUCGCAAAGAACGUCUUGAUGUGGCAGAUAUAUUAGCAGCCAUAAACAAGACCAAGCCGGUGUCAAAAGAGCUUGCUAAAAGACAUGUUGAAUGGCAAGAGAAGAUGGGUUGCUCCUGAUUUGUUUUCGAUGCAUUUUUAUUAUUUACUGAUAUCGAAAAUUAAAGAAAUAUAACAAGA